AAAGAGCAGCAGAUCAUUCGAGUUCCGUCGUUGUAAUAUUACCCUAGUUCGCGUUCUCGUAACGUUUCGAUUGUGACAUGCCAGUUAUUUCAGCAAAUGUUAGUCCCAUGCCGGAAAACAAUCAUGUGGCCGUCAGACCUGGCCGUGUAGAUUGCAUUUACAAUAGAACAAGAGGCAGAAAUAUUAAAGACUAUUCUCGUCCAGUUGUUUCGUUGAACUUCACAAGGCCAGAUCAAGGCCAGAUCAGUAGUCCUUUAAGAGCAGUCCCUGCAUUCGUGCCUGUGAUUCGCACUCAAACUACAAUCACAAAUACACUAACUCUAAGCUCAACUCCUCUGAUUGACAGUAAAAAGGCCAAUUUUGAAGCUUAUCUAAGAAGCGGAAGCGGAAGCUCACGUUUCCGAACUUCUCCACCCACAGUCGUCCUUCAGCAAGCAAGUUCGAUCAGACCAGGCUUGCAAUAUCAACUCACUGACCCGGGAAGUCCACCACCAAAACCGCUAAGUACUUCCUCGAGCUCAGGACGAAUACACCCCACUUCACCUCAAUACCAGAGAUCAAGCAGUGUUCCAGCGGCUGGUCCAGAAAACCACCUCUCUCCGCCAGAUCCACACAAACAUAUCCGGGGAGCUCUCAAUUACCUGGAUAAAAAGGGACCUAAAGUUAGCGUCCUUCUAGCCAACCCCAGUUCCAAAUCACCUGGUAUCCGGCUAACAACGGCCUCCCCACCACCUGCCCGACACAGAGCAAACAGCACGGACAAUCUAGCAAGAUCUGGAGAUAUCCGGAAAAUGGAUUCCCACGACUCCGGAUACGGUAACAGUCCGGGGAAAUUAAGCAUAGACAAGUCGGAUUCGGUGGAUAUCAGUGAGAUAGAGGCGGAGUAUUACAAGACGAUCCCGCCCAACAGAGAGAUGUCUCCCGCUAAUGUUCCACUUUACGUCAAUAAACUGUCGGAAUUGUUUACCACAAAGAGACAUUUUGAGGCUUUUCUGAAAUCAGAGUUCAAAUACGUAGCUGUGGCUUCUGUAAUCGAGGCAGCCAGAGGUUUUGUAAUCACAGCCAGCAAGGAGGAUGUUCAGUUCCUGAAAGUAAAGCUACCGAUGAUCAUUCCAGGCGGAUGUUCGGUUCAUGAGAUGUCAUCAGAUGAGGAGAUCAACACAUUUUAUCUGAUCCUCAAACCGGUCCCUGAAGACAUUGUUAUAUCAACUGUCAUGAGGUCCCUUAUUGAGAAGAAGUUCCCCGUCAAAAAAAUUAAACGCAUUUCGAACAAGCGAAUCGAAAGAUGUUUUCUACACAAAAAAUGUCAGGUGACGAGAGAAAAGACGAAGGUUGUGGUGGUGACCCUGGAGUCGACUCACAAGAAGCUCCUCGCCAUUCUAGAAACAGGGACUAUCCAGAUAGGGGAACACACGGUUCGAGCGUUCCUCCUCUACCCAAACAGUGGUACUGGCCAAUCUGCUCACUUUAUGACAUCGGGAGAGACUUCAACAAAUAACAGCCCGAUGACCAGUAUGGACUACACUCUGGGCACCUUGUCACCACUUGGUGGGUCUCAAUGGUCUUCAGGAGCCUUUGAUUCAAUAGAACAUACUGGAGAAGUAAGCAGUAGGCCAGCAGGAAGAGGCGGAGGAUCUAGGAGAGAGUCUGCAGACAGCGAGUCUUCGGUAGAUCGUGUUCCCUCGAACUCAAGAAACGGUCAACAGGUUCAGCAGAGAUCCGAGGAAAAACCUCCCAGACAAGAGGUUGAAGUAAGGUCACUUCCUCCGACAGGCUCCAAUAAGAAACAGAGUCAAACUAGAAACCAAAUGCAUUAUCAGCCAAAAUCAGGUGGAGGUGUGGUUUUGGCUCCUCCUCAAGAUACAUCAGUUUAUUCAGCUAUCGAGCGAAUGUUAAUUUCAUCGAAAACUGGUAUACACCCCGUGCAGCAAAACGGGGGUGUGAAGAGACCUUAUGAUCAAAACGCGGCUUCAAACCAAAGCUCUUUGCAAUCUACUCAAUCAAAUUCCAGCUAUCAACAAUAUUCUAGUACCCCAAAAAAUAGUUUUGGGGAAUCAGAGCGGUCCAAAUCUCACACUGUGCUGAUGUCAGGAAGUACAAUCUCGGUGGAUGGGUCAGAACCUUCAGAUAGAACAAUUAUUGCAUCUAGCCAGCAAGUGACGUCGCCACAACGCCCACCGACGCCAUCAAGGCGCCAAGUUAAUUCAUCAACACAGCGGGAGUCUUCAUCAAUCAUUCAAACAAACAAUCAAACGCAAUUUGAUGUGAAUUCAUUACAAACUCAAUCUAUCCGUGGCAGAGCAUCAACAAAUCAAUCUUACAAAUCAACUGAGAGACCUAAAGGAUCCAGGAGAAGAGCCGCAUCAAGUGAACGUGAACAACAGCCAGGUAUCCCUUUGACUCCACUUCGAGAGGACAGUACUAAAUCAAGGGGGUACCCAUCCAACCCCCAGAUUCCUCCACCAAAACCCAAACGAACUCAUCGACCGGUCAAAAACAAACAAGUUAAUGGAGGUACUAAAGGAUUAAUGCUUACAGAAUCUUUGCAAAGGGGAAGCAAGCCAACUUAUGACUCAAGCCGGAAGGUCUCUUUCAAAGAUAAACCUCAUCCUACGCAAAACUGUAUCCCUAAGACCAAUUGCAAAGUAGUCCGGAAUGUUUCUGUCCAGUACGAAGAGAUGCCGCCGGACUUUUCAGAUUUCAUGUUGGAUCAAGAGGACUCUUAUUUCUGUAAACUAGAUGGACUGGUAAAGUUGAUGAAGGAGCGACCCACCAGUCAGGAGACUCAAGAUCUCUUAAUGAAAGUUCGAGAGGCUAACUUAGCCCGGUCAAGAUACGGUGUAACCUAUGUAGAACCUGGUAGGAAUGAGGACGAAGAAAUGGCAACAGCGGGUCUCAUAGGGGAAAUGUUGAGGCAGGUAGAGGAGGCGAAACAGAGAAUGGUCACAGGUGAUGUGGACCCACCCGACCUAUUCUGCUUUCAAGAUAUUUUGAAGCCCAAAGAAGAACCUGAAAAGGUAGAUGCUGCCGACAAUAUAAUGAAACACGCGUUAGUAGGGAUGAUUAAAAAACAAUCGGUCAAGUCAAACCAAAAAGUUUCACCUUCCCCACCCAAUUCUACCUCGCCUCCAAGCUCUUCCAACUGUGUUUUCGUUACCGACAAGAAGACAAGGCGCAAGACGAACCACGAAAACUUUGCUGUGGCUAAUGCAAAAGAUAAAAAAGUUACAGAUUUGGCUGGCGCACUGAUAUCCCGAAUAGUCAAGAACGACAUUUCCAAAUCUGACGAUGUAUCUAGAGAUUCAUACAACGUUACUAAAAACACAGAUAGCAGAACAAGACGAGCCUCCUGCUCUCAGAUCAUAGUAACUAGUUCCCGCAAACCACAUCGUCCCUCCGUUCUCCAGUGCUCGCCAUCAGGAUCCCACUGUUCAACCAGCAGUGAACAGAGCCUCAUUUCCGACCUCAGCAAAACUCUCGCCGUCUCAAACGAAAGGGUGGGGCGAAAGAGAAAUGGCAGUUCGGACCAGAACCAUGUGAGCGACAUUUUGUCGUCAAUGUUCGGUAAAGCUAGGUUGACGUCUGAAGACAGUUCGUCGGGGGGAAGGUCGGCAAGGGAUAAAUUCAUGAGUUCCUCAUCCCCCUCCUUCAAUCACGACCACUCAAUUGAUGAAGACGGUGAUACUGAUAUGGAGAUAUUUGUAAAUAGAGCCAGGGAGAUGGACGAGGAGAAACCAGUGGAGAAAACACAGCCGGUUUCUCACAGUGGCAGAAGUUCAUACAGUAAGAGCAAUAAUACCAUUCAGUCGGUGAUGAAUAGUUUUCUUGAGGAAACCAUGCUCCAAAAAAUGGGCAGUACAAUGGGAGAUUUAGAAGAAAGUAAUUUUUACUAAUUUCACUGUUUCAGAGAGCAAAAUUCAGCGAAAUCGGUUGAUGAAUUUUAGACCAUAGAAAAUAAUCUACUUUCUAAAUUCCACCGUUAUUUUAUAGCAACCCUCAAGUGGAUGCUUUAUUUUUGAUUGUAUAGAAUUAGAAGGUAAUCCAUUUUUAGUGUCUUUACUAUAAUGAAUGAUUGAAAUGAUACAAAUAUUUGCAAUUGAGGAGUUAAAAUUUAACC